AUGCUUGACCUUUUUACCAGGAAACCCAAGAAGCCGCCUGCAGAAGUGAAGAAUGAUAACGAUCUCAUAGAAGUGCAAGCUCUUUACGAUUCCCCCCAUGAUCAUUGCCUCGAUUUUCUGCGCUUCCGGCGUGGCGACCGGCUGCUGGUUUACGGCGGAAUGUCACACCGCUUAUGCUGGGCCGUGCAUGCGCGUAGUAAGGCCACCGGAUGUGUGCGUCGCGAGCUGAUAGCGCCGCUGUCCCAUACGUAUCAGGAGCCAUGGUUCUACACGGAUAUCAGCAGCGAGUCCGCUUCGCAUCUUUUGAUUGGCAACCCCACUCCGAAAGACUUGUUCCUGGUACGGACAAGUGCUCAAGAUGGGCUUGUGUUGGACGUCAAAACAGACCCGGACACCGUCCAAAGUUUCCCGAUCUCAGAGAUUGAGGACGAGCUCUACAUUGAUAACGCUGCAAGGUUCCGCUCGAUCGAGGCGCUGGUGCGGAAUUAUCAGAACGGUAACGUCCUGCACAACCAGCAUCGCUUGAAGAAAUAUCCGCCCAGACGCGGGAAGUUGAUUGAUAAGAUCGAAAACGCCGACACCUGGGAAAUCGAUCGUCGGCAAAUUAUCUUCUAUCGAAAGCUGGGGCACGGGUUUUUUGGCAGUGUUCAUUUCGCAAAGUGGGGCCAAUUGGGGGUUGCCGUAAAGAUUUUGCACUCGAAAUGGGGAAUGGAUGAUGCGAAGACGCAAGACGCUUUUGAAAGAGAAUUCCUGGAGCUGAAUGAGUUGGACCAUCCACAUGUUUUGAAGCUGCUUGGGGUAUGCACUCGAGAAUCACCACAGUACAUCAUCACGGAAUAUGUGUCUGGUGGUUCAUUACUGGACUGCCUUGCUGGGAGUAACACCAACAUUACAGCCGAAGACGUGCUGACAAGCGGAUUGGAAAUUUUGAUUCAGGUAGCGUUGGGUAUGGAAUACCUGCAGAAACGCGGGAAGAUACAUAGAGACUUAGCCGCGCGUAACAUAUUGUUGACCAGAGAUGCCAACGACAGAAUUGUGGCAAAGGUUGCAGACCUCGGACUAGCGCGUAACCUACCAGAGAAAUAUUACUACAGCAACGAGUUUCCGGUUUGCUGGAGUCCGCCGGAGGUGCUUCACUCGUUCAAAUUCAGCCAAAGCUCCGACAGCUGGUCGUUUGCAGUGGUGAUUUUCGAGUUGUACUCGAGAGGUGAACACCCGUAUCGAAAAGAGUUUGGAAAAGUCCCCGGUGCCGUGGCGCUUUCGCAUUUCCUGGCUACCGGCAAAAGGUUGGCUCGGCCAGAGGAGUGUCUGGGAGCUGUUUGGGAACAGGUCGUCAUGCCAUGUUUCAGGACGCGCUGGAAUCUGCGACCAAGUUUUAGCCAAAUCUUGAGGAUCUUUGAGGACAUCAUGGAUCGCCAAUGUACCGGCAAUUGGAGCCUUGCGUUCCAGUCUGUCGCUGAACUGCCACGCGGCUACUGGGAGUUUGACGCGGAAGAAACGCUGCCAACCUCUCGUUCAUUUGCUACAAUGUUUUCAGUGCUCCAACCUUCACAAUGGAAUCGUUUGCCAGUGAUGCUAAAAAUUUCCCUAAAUGAAGAAUCGAUGGCCGAUGAGGGAGCUGAUCGGAGAGAGGUUGCCACUUUGAAGCAGCUUCGCCACCCCAACAUAAUCGCGUUUUUCGGUGCGUCAACGGCCCAGUCGCCAGCUUGGCUGUUCAUGGAAUGCUUACCUAAAGGGUGCAAGUUGCCACAAUACAUUGACACAAAAAUACGAUCACAGCCUGCGGAGGUGAAGACUGGGUUUCUGGAAGAUUUUAUUGUACAGAUAGCCACCGGGAUGGAAUAUUUGCAGAUGGUGAAAAGGAAGAUACACCUGAAUUUGGCAUGUGAAAAUAUAUUAAUCCGUGAGACGCCGGGCGGACCAUUGGUCAAGAUCUCGUCAUUCCAUUUUGCCUUGGACAUAGCCGAGCUGCGAGACCAGGACUCGUUGCCAUACACAAUACAGUUGAUACACGAGUUCGGGUUCCGGACGUUAUGGUGCCCACCGGAGGCACUAAAGCACCACCUAAUCACCGAAAAUUUUGACGUCUGGUCCUUUGGUGUCGUCAUCAUCGAGAUGCACCGUGGUGACCGAUUCUUUACGCGAAAAUUUCUUGCCAAGUAUGGCACACAUGAGGGGAUGAUAAAGUUCCUCGACUCUGGACAGCGCCUCAAAAGACCUGCCGACUGUUCGGUGGCGCUGUAUAACAAGGUGGUGAAGCCUUGCUUUGAAUACGACUGGCGUGAGCGGCCGAAUUUUUCUGAAAUACUGAAAACUUUGCAGGGUAUCACCACGCCGCGGAAGGCGCUUACGAACGAAUGCCACGAUUCACCUAAUAUA